AUGGCUCCUACUGCUCAGGAUUUGCAAACGAUAAGGGAAACUUGGGCUUUAGUAGCUCCAGACUUGAAAAAACAUGGUACAGUUUUAUUCUUGAGGCUUUUUGAACAACAUCCCGAUGUUCAACGUUUAUUUGAAAAGAUAAAAGACGUACCUCAUGACCAACUAGCAACCAAUGAAAAUUUUGUAUUUCAUACAACACGCGUUAUGGAAACUAUUGAUCACGCAGUUAAGGGUAUCGAUAAUCUUCCAGCUUUGACAGUAUUACUGAAGCAGUUAGGAUCAUCUCAUGCUCAAUACAACGUGAAGAAAGAAUACUUUAAGAUUGGAUUGAGAAUUUCAGAAUUUUAG